AAUCCUACGCCAAAUAAUGGUCAUCAAAGAAGAGGUAAACGAGGUUAUGAGAGCCGCGCAAAUGGCCAAAGGUGGCAUAGUCAACUCUAAUGUACUCGACAGAGAAGAAAUUCACCGCAUAAUUGACGAAAUUGCAACACUCCCUUAUUCUAAUGAAUUGGAGGCCAUCGAGUACGCCGAUCCAAGGGUAUGCACAAACGGUUCAAUGAUUCUCUAUGUCCUUUCACUGCCCAAGACUUACCGUUUAACACGUUGCUGGUUAAUGAGAAAGAGACAUAUGGCAUCACCAAACCAUGCAUGCGAAUCAACAACAAUACCGUGUGUGAGGAAACGAGCUUGAGAAAACUCCCUGAAGAUGAUUGUGUUUCAAUUCUCAUCAAAGGAGGUGAAGCAAAAUGUUCCUACAGAUCCUGUGAAGAAGAGGUUGUCGAACUUGUUAUGGAAGACACCAUAUUCAUUACCAAUUUUAGAGGUAAUCUCCAGAGUGGUAACAUUACUAAAUUCCUUUCGGGAACCUACGCAGUGCGACUUAACAACGAAGAAGUGAAAAUAAAAAACGUUACGUACACCAGCCGAAGCGAGACAUCUAUACAAAUCCUACCCCAGAUCGUCACAACCAUCCUAGAAGAAAGGCGGCAGGUUGACAUAGGAUAUCUUCACAAUAUGAGUUUACAAAACAUAAAAAAUUUAGAAAAUCUAGACAUAAAAUACCACUACUCUAUAGUAGCGGAUUGCACUAUUUUUUUGCUCCUAUCAUUCCUAGGCUACCUAUGCUGGAAAGCUUUAUACUCUCAAGUGCGUCUCCCUCCGCUGCAGAGCACAAGCAACGUGGCAUGCAAACCCCAAUCUGCGGGACGCAGAUUUUUGGCAAGGGAGGAGUUAACACAAUCAAGUAUACAUGAGCGGGAAAAAUCUACACAAGGUUGUGCUGACGGUGCACACGCGCGAGCUAGUAUGCAGGAUCAUAUUUCGUCUGGAAGAUUUCACAACGUGGGAAUGGAAUAAGUUGGAUCAGCAGAAUUAUUUAGAUUUAAGCAUUUAAAAAAUAUUGUUAGAGUUAGUCUUACUUGGGAGGUUGACCAAAGCGGUCGUUGAAUAAAAUUGUAAACCAAAAA